AUGGAUGGCUCGACAUGGGGCGGAGCUGUGUGGGAAGAUCAAGUCAGAUCUUCCGCGGCUACUCGAGGAAGCGGGAUGGUGGUGCUCGUGACGGGAGCAGCAGGCUUCGUUGGCUCGCACACGUCGCUUGCUUUGAAGAGGAGAGGCGAUGGCGUUGCCGGUGUGCGCUAUGCCGUUCACAACCCAUUGGCGUAUGUUCAGAGCAAUGUCGCCGGUUUUGUUGCUCUCCUUGAAGAAAUUAAGAAAGCAGAUCCACAGCCUGCAGUUGUCUACGCGUCGUCCAGCAGCGUGUACGGCCUGAACUCCAAAGUGCCGUUUUCCGAAGAAGAUCGGACUGAUCGCCCUGCAAGCUUGUACGCCGCCACUAAGAAAGCGGAUGAGGUGCUGGGACACACCUACAACCACAUCUACGGCCUCUCCAUCACUGCUCUUCGAUUCUUCACGGUCUACGGCCCUUGGGGUCGUCCGGACAUGGCGUACUUCUCCUUCACGAGGAACAUCAUGGCGGGCAAGCCCAUCAAGAUCUUCCGUGGGCCCAAGGGAGAGGAGCUGGCUCGUGAUUUCACGUUCAUUGACGAUGUCGUGAAGGGCUGCGUGGCCUCGCUGGACACCGCCUUGCCGAGCGUUGGCAGCAAGGGGAAGCGGCGGAAGGCUCAGUUCCGGGUGUACAAUCUUGGCAAUACCCAGCCGGUUAAGGUGGGGGAUUUCGUCAGCAUCCUGGAGAAGCACCUGAAGGUCAACGCCAUUAGGGAGGUUGUCCAAAUGCCAAGCACUGGGGAUGUGAUGUUCACGCACGCCAAUGUGACCAGGGCAAAGAAUGACCUAGG